AUGUUGCAGCUCGCACCAACCGUCGUUUUCUACAUGCUCCCAUUGUCCUGGUGCGUAUUUACCUACGUCUUCGACCUACGCAUAGCGCUAAAUCAAGUUAUCAACGACAUUUGCGCGUUGGUGUCAGUGCUCCAGAGCCCCGUCUGCGUCAUGACUGCCGUGCUGCUCAACAAGGGAUCACGAGAAUUUUUGAAGAAGAAAAUCAAUAAAGUAUUGGGUCGUCCAGUAUUCACUGGGAUGUCCCUGCACAAUCCAACGAUUUCGGUGCUUUCUGUGAGGAGA